UCUUUUGCGUCGGAAGUUAGAAAAAGUUAACGUCAACAUGCGAAGGUCGGAAAUGAAUGUUUUGCUAAUUUGAGCGGAGACAUGCUAAUGGAUGGCGUGAAAACGGGACUUACAGGUGACAGCAUAGAUGUCAGUCUAAGAUAAGUAUGGCCACUGGAGGAGCAGCCAAACCACGUAAGAACAGCAACAGUGGGCAGAAGUCUACCGUGAAGAUCUUCAUCACAUCAUUCUCAGACGAGUUUCACUCGGAGAGAGAUGUGAUUAGGAAGCAGGUCCUGCCAGAACUGAGGUCAUGGUGUGAAUCCAAACAGCUCACAUUGGUGGAACACUUUGUCAAGUGGGGCUCAAGACACCCAGAACGGCGAGAUGUUAGCGACCAGGAGAAGAUACAGACAAGCAUAGAAUCCUGUUACUUCCAUAAUGUGAUGCCCCUGUUUCUUAACAUAACCAGUGAAGCUCUGGGCUGGGUACCAAUGUGGGGAGAACACUCCGAUGACCACAUUGAGGACUUUAUUGCUUCAUAUGGUUUACUGGUUGAGGAUCUGGAGGUUAUGUAUGGCGCCUACCGUGAGGACAACCAUAACUCUUUAUUUCUUAUGCGACAAGAUGAAUUCCUAGAUAAGGUCCCUGCCACUGAAAUUAAGUAUUUUGUGAGAGACACUGCUGCCUCACAAAAAAUCAAGUCAUCUGGAGAUAAAAUCUCUCAAAAGUUUCCUUCCAGUAGAGUUUCCAAGUAUAAAGUGCAAUAUACGGGAUUGGACCAGAGGAAGAGGCCACGGGUACAGUUCGAGGACAGCUUCACACAAACGGUGACAGAGUUUUGUAAACAGAAGAUAGCGUAUGACUUCCUUGGAGAACAGCCCCAGUCUUCUACGAGGGAAGACUCUAAUACCAAAUUAGAACAUCAAUUCUUUAUGAAAAAUAAAGGCGAAUUUGUGCUCGGUAGAUCUGAUGUCAUCCAAAAAAUUGAGGACUAUAUAUUCCGAGAUGAGAAGGAUGUGCCGCUGUUAAUCCUUGGAGGACAAGGGUAUGGCAAGUCGUCCAUCUUAUGCAAGGCUGCAACUGUGAUAGAGAAGAAAGUACAGGAAGAACAGAUACAGAGUACAUCCGGACAGAAGUGGCAUGUGUUCUUCCAUUUUGUUGGUGCAGCACCGGGUUCCACAUGUCUAGAAGCCAUGUUAAAACGUCUGCUCAGGGAAAUGGAAGUCAUCAAUGAUUCUAACAUCCCGCGAGGGAUUGAAUCAACUGCUCAGAUGUGUUGCAGUAUGCUCUCUAACCCGAACACACGGCCGGUGAUCAUCUUCAUUGAUGCCCUCAAUCAGUUUGCUGAAGAGCAGGCUGCCUUGGUGAUGAGUUGGUUGCCAAGGAAAUUAGCUCCUCGAGUGCGCUGUGUGUUUUCCACUAUAGAGAAUACACCCCAACACAAGACGUUGAUUGCUAGGGAAACCAAACCUAUUUUAUUGGAGAUAAGUCCCCUGGACAUGGAGUCUCGCCAGAAAAUAGUGACAGAACUAUUGAAGAAGUACAAUCGGUGUCUGAGUACAAGUCAGUUGGGUCGUCUUAUGGCCAAACAGACAUCGGAGAACCCUCUCUGGCUCACCGUCGCGUGUGAGGAAAUCCGCCUAUUGGACGACCUCUGUGAUGUGGACAGGAAAAUUGCAGAGUUACCAGAAAGUCUUCUUAGCCUCCUUGAGUACCUGUUAACACGACUGGAGACAGAAGCGGGUGGUAAUCUGGUUGUAGCCACCCUCUGUCUGCUGGAAGCCUCCUCAGCGGGACUGUUGGAGAGUGAGCUGCGACAGAUACUUGGCCAGGAGGCCACUCUCAUGCCACCAAGUCCUUUUGACGAAAAAGAGGAGAAAGAAUCAUCUGAAAAAGAAAGUGCCAAAAGUGUGGGACCUCUCCCUGACAAGAAGUGGACAAAAGUGUUCUCUACUCUUCAGCCAUUCCUUCGGCCAUACGGGGACAAUCGUGAAGGGCGGCUCGACUUCUAUCACCGUGCCCUCAGUAAAGCUGUCAUAAAAAGAUACUUACAGAAGAGUGAUGAGGAGAAAGCCAAUGGUCAAGAGAAGUCCGACUCAUAUUACUGGUGGCACAAAAAAUUAGCUGACCACUUCCAGCACAUGGACAAUGUUGAUCGAUAUGUUGAGGAGUAUCCAUGCCAACUGGUCUGUCUGGAUGACAGUUACCGCCUGGCCCAGUGUCUCUGUGACUGGAGGAUAUUUGAUCAGCUGUACCAUGAGGAAUUCAGCUCCAGACUGCUGGCCUACUGGCGUAAGGUUGGUUCAGCUUCUGAGAUGAUCACUUACUAUGAGAAAGCAUUGACACGAUUCGAGGAAGAUGACACGGUCAAUGAGGAGAAUGUUUCUAUACGAUACGAGAAAGUUUGUAGGGUUGUGAUACAGGCUGGUAAAUACUUGGAAGCAUUAGAACUACUACGGACGGCCAUGAAGAUAGAAGAGAAGGAGCUUGGGGCUCGUCCCCAUCGUAUGGUGGAACUCUACGCUCUAAUGGCAGAGAUAUAUGACGAGAAACUCAAGUUAAAUGACUUUGUGUCACCUAGUCAACUGCCAGAUCUCAGGAAAACCAUCCACUAUGGGAGGAAGUCAAUAGCCUUGAGGAAAAAACUUCCUGGCACAUAUCACAAGUUCAAGCUAGGUAUGAGCCUGAUGAAGUUAGCCUUUAACAUGGAGAGCUGGGAGGCCUGUGGGGGCGGCCCCGAACUCACGGGGGAGGCAGCUUUGGCCGAGGGAAACAAAUAUAUUGAUAAGGCACUCAAGAUAUUUGAGGAGUUAAAUGACAUGGGACACUAUGCAGAGGCCCUGAUGACAAAGGGAGUCCUGGCCCGCCGUGGCAGUAUGGAACAGUUAAAACUGUAUAACGAGGCCAUGGACCUGUGUAUGCAGAUGUAUGGAGAGUAUCACAUUCUAACAUCUAGACUCUACAUCAAUAUAGGUAUUGUGUACGAAGAUAAUAAUGACUUCAAAAAAGCCUACGAGUAUUUCAAAAAAUGGGCACGUGUAAGUGAGGAAAUCCUAGGCCCAGAUCACCCGAAAACUCAAAGGGCAAAAGGUGUGUUACGAGAGAGUCGUUAUCAGAGGAUCGCACGAACUCUUGGUGAGAAUGACGAUGAUCAUGAUGAGGAUCGUGAUGAGGAUACAAAUGAGGAUGAAGAAGAAAUGGAAAAUCCAGAUGUUGAACAUUAUUAUGAUGACCAAAUAAGUCAAGGGGUGGGUCAACAGAUACAGUUGGACAAUAGUUUACUGGAGACAUUAAAUCCUGCAGAGAUAAAUACGGAGGAGGCGGAGAAUCAGCGUAACUUAGGCCAUGCCCAUCCAAACAAUGUCCUCACACCCAUCAACAACGCAGACACCAUUGAGCAGCUGAUGAAUGGAUAUUACGAGGGAAAUGAAGAUGAGGAUGAAAACGGCAGUGGUAGUAAUCAUGAAAACUCAGACAAUGAAAAUUUUUACGAUGAUAAUUUUGAGGACUAUGAGGAACAUUACAUUCUACAUUCAGACAGUGGUCCUGUUAUUGAGGAGUUCAAUGUGAAUCUAGAGGACGAGGACGACGAAGAGGAUGAGGAAAUCGUUCAGAUAACGGCUCGAGACUCUUAUAAUAAUGACCUUGAACAAGACAACCGAUAUGCAGGGGAUAGCCGUGAAGGAAGUGAUGACGAUUCGUGAAUUUUAUACUCAUAACUGUAUUAUCACAUAAUAAAGCUAUCUUACACCACAGGCACCAGUUGAGCAAAGAUCUGCCUCAGUCAUUUGUCUUCUUUGCUGUAUGGAUGUGGCCAGUGCUGUGUAGUGACUCCGGCCCCCAAUCUUGUGGCUUCCGAGCUUCAGUGUGAUUUCAUCUGUUACUGAAUAAACCUGAUCAUCUAUCUUCAAUACACAUUUCGUCAAGCAGAUCUCAGUUCAGUUUGUGCUGUAUUUCCAGUUUGUUCUGUUAUAUCCCCCAUUGUACCUAAUCCUCAUUGUCAAUUUAAUUUAUAAAAUCAUGCGCAGGCUUCUUUUUUACACCAAAGUUUAACAUUUAAGGCCUGCAUGGUGAUAGCCUUACAUCAAAAUAUAGAUGGCAUGGAAACAGGAGUCAUUUAAAAUUGAAAAAUAAUUUUUAUUGAAAUUUAUGAUUAAUCAGUGUUUCCCUUAAACAUUACCUUGUAUUGAUGUCACUACCUUAAACAUUACCUUGUAUUGAUGUCAGUAUUGAUGUCAGAUGAUAAAUCAUAAAGCCGGGAACAUUUUUGUGGAGAAAUAGGCUUGGCACAAUAGUUUGGCUUGUUAAUGUAAAAUAAGCCCUUAAGAAAACUGGAACUGUUGUAAUUUGUUAAGUAAAUUCAUUAUCAGUAACAAUUGUUUUCAAAUAUACCUCGCCUUAUUAAAAUUGUGGAGUAUGUCCAGAGAAGAACCUAUUUUCAGAAUGUACAUAAAAUAUCUUUUACAAAUUUUUACCUCCCUUUUGGUGAAAAAAUGUUCUCAAAUGAAGAAAUUCUGAAAAGAUACGUACAAAAUACAUUGAUUAUAUGGUAAAAGAAUGUUGUAAUUUUAGGAUUUUUAUCUUUCACUAACCCACAUACAAUACUGAUACAUUAUCAUCAUAAUGAUAAGUUAAUAAAAUUUGCAAAAUGAAGCUUCUUGAAAAAUCUGAAUUUUAGCGAAUUUUAAAAUAGAUUGUAAGAAGUGUCCAAAGCUUUUUGGUAGACAGUAUAUGUUGAUUAGGUUCAUUUGAUUAUUAAUUAAGUCAGUAUAUUAAUUAAGUCUGAUUAUUAAUUAACAAGAGAUCUGGAGUUACUAGUAUCAAUUUUACUUUUAGCUAUUCAGUACUUUGUGGAACAUAUCUGGAAAUUUACUUAUUGAUAUUCUGUUUACAGUUAUAUUUUGAUCAAAUAUUUUAGAAUGGUAUUAAAAUGAGUGAGAAAGGUAACGUUUUUUUAAAGAUACUGUAUCAUAAACGGAUAAAAACUAACCUCUAUAUAUAUCCACCAUCUGUUAACAAGGUUUAGUGUACUGUAAGUCUUUAGGAUUGAAAUGUACAUGGAGUCCUGUUGCAUAUAGCUGACAGUGGUGCUGUAUGGUAUCUUAUGCAGGAAGAUUUCAAAUUCUAUUUUUCAAAAUAAAACAAACAAAUUUUGAAAUGUUUGAUGUUCCUAUUAUAAAGUGGGAUUUUUCAAAUUUGUUUUAUCACAAAUGUAAAAAAACAAUAUCUAUUAAAUCAUUAUGAAUGUUUCUGGGUAUUUUUUAUAAAAAAUUAUUCUGUUUUUAAAAAUACCUUAUGAUCUAAUUGGCAUUGUAUUGAAAUAAACCUGUACACUAUUAUAAAGCCAGAGGUUGAUAUAGACAGCAACAUGGCAGCCCGAGGCUGUCCGCAGUCUGGAGGGGCCAUCUCAUCAGGCAGUCCGACUCCAAUCUGUGGUCCGACUCCAGUCUGGUGCACCAAUUCGAGGAUAUGAUCACAUGACAUGUAUUCGAGACAGAUCUGUAGACAAUAUGUGGUAUAUAUGUAUAACAUAUAUGUCAAACCUAGGAAGUUAUUUUCAUUUAUUUAUUUUUUUACUAAUUUUUCAUAUCAACUUUAUGAGAUAAUCUAAAUAUAAACAAUGUUUUUUUAGUGAUAGCAUGGUGUAUCUGACUUAAGUCAAUUAUAAUUUAUUUUUACAUCAGUUGUUAUGAUAUUUUAUAUGAACUUAUUAUUGUGCUGAUUAUAACUACCAAAUGUUAGAGCAUUGUACUGUGGGCUGGAGCAGGGCUCAGAACAUUAUAAACCGAUCCCGAAUAGCUUAACUUUUAGGGUAAUUCACCAAGUCUAAUUCUUGUUUUUGGUAUUGCUUGAAUAAGUAUUUCAUUUUCAUUUUUCCUAAAAAGAAUAUUGUUUUUACUGAUGUCAGAAUUAUACCUCCUGUGUAAGUUCUCAAUGAAUGUGUUAUAUUCCUGAAUUAUACAAAAAUACAUAUAUAGGCGACUAUUUUUUCUCCUUUAUUCAUAUGAAAGUUGUUUAAUAUAAUGCUAAAUAACCACUAAAGCUUUAAUAUUUUCACACGAGUACAAUAAAAUCUUUCAUGUUAACAAUGCUUUUCAUCUCUGAAAGAAGUUUGCAGGUUUUCUAGAAGUAAUUACAAAUAUACUGAAGUACAUACAAAUACAUGAUGAUGCUGGCAAUCAGAUACACAGUAUAUAACAAUUGCCUACCCUCUAUAGUGUUUUUUAAGUUCUUUAUUACCUUGAGUCAAACAACUGGAUGAGCCAAUACUGGGGAGGUGUUUCCUUAAAACAAUUCUAUUUUUAGAUAUUAUUGAGGAUUGAAAAAAAAAAAAAAAAAAUAAUAAUAAUAAAACAGAUAACUUCAAAAUGAAAUGAAAAGAGGAAAUUAUAGUUGGCUUCAUAACCUCUGUGAAAAAUACAUUAGUUUUUGUUUCAAACAUUUUAUAAAGCCACAAAAAUCUGAAUCAUAAAAAUUAUUUGUAGUAUCUCAGGUCAUCUUGAAAAGUCCGAGGCCAUUUGUUAUUUAUUAAUUUCAUGCUCCUUUCCAAAGUACAUUCUCCAUAAACAAAACCAUUCUUAUAACAUCUUCAUGUAAUGAACCAUUGGGUAUAUAGUACCGCACGAUUAAACCAACAUCACUUAUACUGUUAUUGGGAUUUCCCUGUUUUGUAUGAUCUGAUAUCUAUUCAUAACAACAUGGUUUACCUCUAAUAACAUGUCAAAGAAACAUGGAGGACAAGGUUUUAUUUUCAGUGAAUGAUUUUAUCAGAGUAAUGAAACACUGUGUACACCAAAGAAGGUGUUGUCUAUAUUGCCAUUUAAUAGGUCAAUCCAUCAGUGAUAGCUUUAUCAUUAUUGAUUGAUUGACUGACCGCCAUCUUGAAAAUCUUGUCAUUUCUCUUGAGUUGAAAAUGUUACUGAGACUGUAGCUUAACUUAAGAAUUAUAUUUUGUCUGAUCUGGAACUUAAGAGCUAUGAUAACUCUAAUAUGGCCUCAAUGGUGGCCAUCUUGAAAUUAUUUUUACUACUACUUCUCCAAAAGAGUUAUUUGAGACAGGACAGUCACUGCUCCAUGUGAUGAUCCACAGAUUGUCAUCAUACAGACCUGUGCUACAUUGAAGGUGUUCGCCUCAUUGACAAUCUUGCUGUCAACACAGGACUUUUAGUGAGAAGAGCAUGGUACAUAUUUGGUCCUACUUAAAAUAUCGGGCAAUGUGACAUUCACAUUAUACCCACCCAUAGUAGGUAUCUUACACUUUAGAUUCAUUGGUAAACCAGUAGAACCUCAGUUUCGUUAUAUAUUGAAAUACAUCCAAAAUACUGUGAUUAUCUGUAUUUGCAUUAUGAUGCACCAAACUGUCUUCUUUUGCAUAUUAGGAUGUCCUUGUUUGCAUAUGAGGAUUUCAGCAUUGCUUGAGAGUGUCCAUCUCCUUUGAUUACAGGUGAUAACCAUAGGUAUGCUAAUUGAUGGCAUGUUCGGGACAAUUAAGAACAGUGCUGGAAAGGAGAUGAUAGUAAUACACUGUCCUCAUUAGCAUAUUAGGACACACCUCCUAGUGCUGGUUAUAAUAUGAUUGGUUAGACUACUGGGGUGUUGUUGCUUUAUUUGGGUUUUCUCAAAACCCACAUAAUGUUGUUAAUAAAUCAUGGUAAUGAAACUUG